CCAGUGUGUUGACCGUCCUCUGGAGCUGGUGUUCUACACAUUUCGACUCGAAUAAACACUAUGAAGCCUCAGUAACCGCAGGUUUCCCGAAGGUGACCCACAGACGCUGGACACCGUGAUGUCUGUGAACCGCUGCGUGUACCUGCUUUCUCGGCUCCGGCGCCACAUUCACACCCGGACGGCUCGCUCCUCCACCGGCGGCUGUCAUGUGUCUCCUCCGUCCAGCUUGCUACACCCACCGCAUCGGGCUGCUCCUGCUGUCUGCAGCAGAAACGUGUCCUCCAACAGCUCCUCUCCCAAACCUCCAGACACCUCACUGUUUGUCCCCUUGUCCCUGAAGACCGACAGCACCGCAGACGGGGCUGUGGGAGCCGAGCUGACCCAGGCGCUCGAUAAAAAUGAACUGCUUAAAGUUUUAAACCGGUUUUAUAAAAGGAAGGAGAUGCAGAGGCUGGCAGCAGAUCAAGGCCUGGACGCUCGUCUGUUUCAUCAGGCCUUCAUCAGCUUCAGGAAGUUUGUCCUUGAGAUGCAGUCUCUCCCCGCUGACCUGCACAUCAUCCUCAGCGACAUCUGCUGCGGAGCAGGUCAUGUCGAUGACAUCUAUCCAUAUUUCAUGCGUCAUGCCAAGCAGAUUUUCCCCAUGUUAGACUGCAUGGAUGACCUGAGGAAGAUCUCUGACCUCCGAGUCCCUGCUAACUGGUACCCUGAGGCUCGAGCCAUCCAGAGGAAGAUCAUUUUCCACGCUGGGCCCACCAACAGUGGUAAAACAUACCAUGCCAUCCAGCGCUACUUGACUGCCAAGUCUGGAGUUUACUGCGGACCUCUCAAGCUGCUGGCUCACGAGAUUUUUGAAAAGAGCAACAAUGCUGGUGUGCCUUGUGACCUGGUCACAGGAGAGGAGAGGACCUUCGUGGACCUGGAGGGUCGAGCAGCUGGCCACGUGGCGUGCACCAUCGAGAUGUGCAGCGUCACCACGCCUUACGAGGUGGCUGUAAUUGAUGAAAUCCAAAUGAUCCGGGAUACCUCCAGAGGCUGGGCCUGGACCAGAGCGCUGCUGGGCCUCUGCGCCGAGGAGAUCCAUAUCUGUGGGGAACCAGCGGCUGUGGACUUCAUCAGGGAGCUGAUGUUCACCACAGGAGAGGAGGUGGAGGUCCACAACUACCAGCGCCUGACCCCGUUCUCCAUCCUGGACCAGGCGGUGGAGUCUCUGGAUAACCUGAGGCCAGGAGACUGCAUUGUGUGCUUCAGCAAAAACGACAUCUACUCUCUGAGCAGGCAGAUUGAGGCCAGAGGACAGGAAUGUGCCGUCAUUUAUGGGAGUUUGCCUCCAGGCACAAAACUGUCUCAGGCCAAGAAGUUCAAUGACCCCGAUGACCCCUGUAAGAUACUAGUCGCAACGGACGCUAUUGGCAUGGGCCUCAACUUGAGCAUCAAGCGAAUCAUCUUCAACAGUCUGAUCAAACCCAACAUUAACGAAAAAGGAGAGAAGCAGAUGGAGACCAUCAGCACGUCUCAGGCUCUGCAGAUCGCCGGCCGCGCAGGAAGGUUCUCUUCCAAGUUUAAAGAGGGAGAAGUUACGACGAUGCACAGAGAUGAUCUGCCCGUCUUGAAGGAAAUCCUCAGCCACUCUGUAGAUCCCAUCGAGACUGCAGGUCUGCAUCCAACUGCAGAGCAGAUUGAGAUGUUUGCCUAUCAUCUGCCUGACGCUACGUUAUCCAACCUGGUUGACAUAUUUGUCAGCCUCUCUCAAGUGGACGGUCUGUAUUUUGUCUGCAACAUUGACGACUUCAAGUUUCUGGCUGAUAUGAUUCAGCACAUCCCGCUGAACCUGAGGUCCCGCUACGUCUUCUGCACCGCUCCAAUCAACAAAAAACAGCCUUUCGUUUGCACAUCCUUCCUGAAGUUCGCCCGUCAGUUCAGUCGAGACGAACCUCUGACGUUUGACUGGGUCUGUCGUCAUGUCAGCUGGCCGCUGUCUCCUCCCAAAAACAUCAAAGAUCUGGUCCACUUGGAGGCCGUCCAUGACGUGCUGGACCUGUAUCUGUGGCUAAGCUAUCGCUUCAUGGACAUGUUUCCAGAUACGGCUCUGAUUCGAGAUGUCCAGCGGGAGCUGGACGGCAUCAUCCAGGAGGGCGUCAGAAACAUCACCCGCCUCAUCAAAAACACCGACCCGACCAUAACCGACGCAGUCCAGGCGCAGGGCGGCCGACGCGCGCCGACCCUCGGCGGCAGCGGAAAGACCAGCAGUGGUUUCGUGGGCAGAACCGCAAAUCAUGGCGGACACAAGGGCCCGGGACAGACGAUGGACAACUCUCUGGCCGGCCGUCUUAUCAAAGAUGGGCUGCUGACCCCUGGUCUGCUCCUUCAGCUGCAGAAGGAGUGGUCCAGAGAUAAUGACGACGACAACAAAGGGAAAGGGAGGAAGAAGAAGAAGCGAUGACGAUGAUCACUGUGCAUCUGACAGAAGCCUUACGAAGCAUGUGCUUGAAAUUAUUCACCGCUCAAAGCAAGAAACAUGGUGGCGUCUCCACUGUUUUCAUCACUGAAAGCACCGCAGUCGGCUUUCAGCUCCUGCAUCUGAAAUGAAACGCAGCUGGAAACAGCUGGAGUGUUGGAUUCAGGUCUUACUGUGACUUUACUUCUUCAAUAUACAAUACAUGAUCACACACAAACACAAACACACACACCCCCCUCUGGUAUCAGCUGCUAGGAAACAAACUUCCAUAUAAACAGGACAAGAGGAGGAAUCAAACCGCCAACCAUGGAUUUUUAAACUGAUCCUCUUCACCAACCGAGGGACGGCCACUGGCUUAAAAUUUUUGCUAAUUUUCUUUGUUACUUUGUGUUUAAAGUGUCACUUCUUAUGUUUUCAUUUAACACACAAAUGGACAAACUGUGAACUGUGACCUAUGACCUCUUUUUCUGUGGAAUUCUCAUGUAUCUGCUCGGUUCAACUCCCGUUUCCGUCUAAUGCUUGGGAAAGUAGUCUCCAUCUAGUAUCUACCGAUCUCCUGAUCCGACGGUGUCAGGGGUCAGGAGAAAUCAGCCCGUAACGAUGAGUCAUUGUGAUAAAUGUUUCAUCACUACAGACACCUUGUCUUCUCCAGCUGUAAUAGAGGGUCAAACUUUGGCAGAAAUAGAGAUUUUUCAUGAUCUUCAUUGUCUUUCUUCUUUGAGCUUUCUUUUCUUUUUCUUCUUCAGUUUGUUUUUCUCAGUUCAGGCAGCAGAAGCUGCCGGUUUCCCAUCUAAAGCUUUGUUUCAGAAUGAGGCCAUCAUGUAACAUAUAAAAGAUUUGAACUGUUGAUUUAUUUUACAUAUUUAUAUUCUAAGUGGGGAUGUAAGUCUUUACUUUUCACUAGUAUCCAGAUUUUCUUUGUUAUGCACCUCAUGUGCAUCAUGUAGUGUUUUUGUUGUGUUGGCCUGUUCGCAGAACAGUUUGAUUUGAGUGCAGCACUUAAAAUCUAAUUCUAUAUAUUUUUUUGAAGAUAGUGUCAUUUGUAAAUAAAAGCUCUUUUA